UGGGAUCGAUGGGGUGCUCGGUGUUCAGUCCGUGUGGGGCCGGGGACGCCGCUACUCCGCCCACCUGCACUGCUGCUUCCCACCUCGCCACACUCCCACCGACACACACCGGGGGAAAUGUUCCUGACACGCUGCUGCACCUCACCCGUCAGCACUGGCUCUGAGGUGAGCAGGCGUGUGGCAGGGGCGGUGAGUGCGCCAGCCUGAAGGAACACCUCUCAGGCCGAGGCCUUGUCAGGUGACGGGAGGAUGAUGGGUGAGGAGGCGCCAGUCGGCCAUCCGUGUAGGCUCGCUACCUCUCAACCUCUCCACCACGCCGCAAAAUUCCGGAAAAACUAUGAGAACUUGCCUCUGAAGCCCCAGUGAUUGCCUUCACCUGAAAAAGAAGUAAAUAUACUGGAAAAAAUUAUUGUGGGGGAAAGGAAUAUGAGAGCAGCGAAUGUGAGUUCGAAGUGUGAAAGCGCCGCAGAUAAGUGCAGGCGUGGCCCGCGAGUGAGCGCAGCGCAGGCGUGGCCCGCGAGUGAGCGCAGCGCAGGCGUGGCCCGCGAGUGAGCGCAGCGCAGGCGUGGCCCGCGAGUGAGCGCAGCGCAGGCGUGGCCCGCGAGUGAGCGCAGCGCAGGCGUGGCCCGCGAGUAAGCGCAGCGCAGGCGUGGCCCGCGAGUGAGCGCAGCGCAGGCAUUGACCUGCACAGGUGUUGACUUGAGGCAAGACUUGAUCAGUACGUAAGCAGCAUGGUGGACCUCGGAGGGUACGUGAUCAUUCUGGUGGAGACCAAAGAUAAGAAGAUUAAACUCUACGGCUCGCCGGCAGACAAGGCAGACUUGGAAGUAGGAGACGAGAUCCUUGAGGUCAACGGCAAGAGUCUUGAAGAUGCCACACAUACAGAAGUCAUCUCCCACAUACACCAGUGUAUAAGAUCCCGAACAAUAUGUCUGCGGGUGAAGAGAAGAACGGGCAACAAGCUAGCGGUGGACUUGGCCGCGAGUUCGAACGUGCAGGAUGCGUUCGUCAUCGCCGUGGAGCAGCAGGCCAGGGAGCGCCUCGAGCGUCUCUCCGCUCUCAAGAAGAUCAAGCCGGUGGACAUGACCAAGCUCUCCUCUCAGUUGGAGCCCCACAAGAGCGUUGUGAGUGUGGCCAGCGGGGGUCAGGCCAGCCCGGGCGGCCGCUCUCCCGGCCACUCGGCCCCCAAGGAGCCCCAGCCCCAGCAGCGGGACGACGUCAACGGGGUGCUCGAGAACGCCCCCAUCUACGUCACCAGCGUCCCCAACCUCACCUCUGAACUCCCUCGCGCCAGGUCGCGGUCCAGGUCGUCGACGCCCAACCGGACGUCGCCAAGUCCGCGGCGCCACCACUCCGCGCGCAGCUCCAGGGACACCCCGCCCUCGCCCCUCACGCCCAGCCCGCGGCGGGAGGCGCCCACGCUCAUCAGGAGCCUCGACAGUCCCAGCGUCGACCGCAGCUCGCGCCGCUCCAGCAAGAGGCGAAGCUCGGCCAAGCUGACCAACGGCCACCACGGGGCCGAGGCCGAGAUAGAGGCUAACAAGAGCGGGGACGAGCUGGAGCUGACCCACGACCUGAACGACACGCUCGACGACACGGAGGAGAUAGACCCGGACGACCUGGUGGAGGCGCAGUGCGACCGCACCGAGAGCGAGGACAAACUGGACUUGGAGGGGACGUGUCUGAGCGAGAGCGGCGACUCGCUCCCCGGCACGCCCGAGAAGGCCUACGGCAUCACCCGCUCCGAGUCGAAGCGGUCGUCCCGCGGGAGCAGGCGGGAUCGCGGGUCCCCGCGGGAGGUGCUGCUCGACCACGAGCCCCAGCUGGAGGUGCGGGCCAAGACGCCCCUCCACGCCGUCAGCAGCGUUGAGAGUCGCGACAGCACGAGGUGUGUGUUGGCACGCAGUCUUUCCUCAGGCUCUCGCAAAUCGGGAGGGAGCAGCGGUAGUGGGGAGGUGGGGCGCGGCACCCCCCGCCACAAGGGCACAGGGGGCAGCACCCCACGGCACUCCCGCAAGGGGAGGGAGUCGCGAGAUCCCCCCACCGUCAUCUCUGCCCCCGAGAUUGGCCUCGACAACAUGAUCAGCAUGGUCGAGUUCGACCCGGGUCACCGCGAAAUGGCUGUCGACGUGCCCGAUUCCUUUGUGGCUCGCACCAAGACCCCGCCAAGAUACCCACCACCUAGGCCACAGAGUCAGCCAAUCACACCAAUCCACAAUAAUAAUAAUAAUAGCAGUAAAAGCAGCAAGAAGGGAGGGUCAUCUGGAAGUGCCACACCGCAGAAUGGCACGCUACCAAAGUCCACGCCUCCACGCAUUCCAGACCAACCCCAGAGAUCUCCUCAGCUCCCGCCUUCACAGCAAGAAGGACUAAUACAGCAGCCAUCCACACAAGAAGAGAUGAAUAAAAUAAAAAAAUAUGAGGAGGAGCUAAAGGUUCGCAGGGAACGUGAAGAGAAUGAAGCAAUGUUAAGAUCAUCAUUACGAUCAUCUCAGAAGCUACAGCAGCUCGCGAACAAACCUGUGCCAACUGGGGUUGUUAAUGAAGCAUUUGCAGUUGAGGAGCUACAAGCUGGGGUGGAGGCCCAGGCCAGUGCUGAUACCCCUAGUAAAGUUAUAGGUAUUAAUGAACUUAUUCAGUCACUACAAAGGAUCCAGACAGUGCUAAAGUCUAAUGGCCACCGAAUUAGUGAAGAUAUGACGCUUGUGGCCCAACUUUUGACCAAUCCAGAGUUCCAGAAGGUGCUGGCUGUUCACAAUAAGGUGCAAGAAACGUGGUGUUUAAAUCGACCCCCCACACCUGUCACUGACAAUGCUCAAGAACUUUUAGCGGAGAGUCUUCAGGAACUUCAAGAAUACACAGUACCUGAGGCAGCGGAACUUAUUGACAUACUUAACAAAUACUCGGUGGAAGGCCUCCUGUAUGCACAUGAUCGGAUUGCUGAGCGUGAGCCUCUGCCUGUUGGUAACUUGCCCGAGGAGGAAGUGCUGGAUAGAGUCACAAAUUACCCUGAAGAAAGUGUAAAAAUUGUUCGAAUAGACAAGACAAAUGAGCCUUUGGGUGCUACAAUAAGAAACGAAGGUGAUUCUGUAAUCAUUGGGCGCAUUGUGAAAGGUGGCGCUGCCGAGAAGUCGGGUCUCCUCCAUGAGGGUGAUGAAAUAUUGGAAGUGAAUGGAGUAGAAGUGAGAGGAAAGUCAGUUAAUGACAUUUGUGAUAUGCUGGCUGGUAUGACUGGAACCUUGACCUUUAUCAUCAUCCCAAGUGGACAGCCUCCUCCAGCGUCUCGCCCACCCAUUGCUCAGACGAUACAUGUCAAAGCUCACUUUGACUAUGAUCCUGAAGAGGACUUGUACAUACCUUGCAGGGAAUUGGGCAUGAGCUUCCAGAAAGGGGACAUUCUUCAUGUGAUAUCUCAAUCCGACCCCAACUGGUGGCAGGCCUACCGGGAUGGGGAGGAAGACCAAACUCUUGCUGGUCUUAUCCCUUCAAAAACCUUUCAGCAACACCGUGAGGCCAUGAGACAGACUGUUGUAGGCGACAACAACAACAAGGAAAAAACUAAGAAAGGCAAGUUAUUGUGUGCCAAAAAGCACCAGAAGAAGAAAAAGAAGAAAAUGCUUUAUCCCAAUUAUAAUGAAGCACGGAGCAACUCCCCACUUCCUAUGCCAGGAAGAGGAGGUCCAGGUGCUGACAUCAUAAAUGAAACAGAGAACACGGGAGCUCAAGCAAGAAGUAGAGUGUUGACAGUGAGAUUUGCCCUUCCAUCUUGUCGUUGUGUUAAAGGCAGCACACGAAGGAGGCGGUGCAGCUCGUUGUCUGACCUCAAUGUUGACUUCGACUCCGAAGAAAUACUGACUUAUGAAGAUGUUGCGCUCUAUUAUCCAAGAGCAAACAGAAAACGACCGAUUGUCCUCAUUGGCCCACCAAAUAUUGGGCGACAUGAACUGAGGCAAAAACUUAUGGAGGACAGGGAAAGAUUUGCUGCGGCCAUUCCACAUACAUCUCGCACACGAAGAGAAACAGAGUUGGAUGGUCAGGAUUACCAUUUUAUAUCGCGGACACAAUUUGAAUCGGAUAUCUUGGCACGCAAAUUCGUCGAACAUGGAGAGUAUGAAAAAGCUUAUUACGGAACGAGUCUAAUGGCCAUCAGAGCUGUUGUGAAUUCUGGUAAAAUCUGUGUUCUCAACCUUCAUCCUUUAUCACUCAAGAUUCUCAAAAGUUCUGAUCUCAAACCGUUUGUAGUAUUUGUUGCUCCUCCGUCUUUGGAGAAGCUCAGACAGAAGAAGCAAAGAUUAGGAGAACCAGUAAAGGAUGAGGAGUUAAAGGAGACCAUAGAGAAGGCUCGGGAGAUGGAGGAACAGUAUGGUCAUUACUUUGACCUGAUCAUCAUCAAUCAGGAUGUAGAUCGUGCCUAUCACCAGUUGCUACACGAGAUCAACAUGUUGGAACGAGAGCCUCAGUGGGUCCCUGCAACCUGGCUUGCUCAUGAUCAGUGAUGGGUACUGUUGUGUUUGUAUGGUGCCAAAAUGGUACUCCCUGCGCUUCCCUCUGGCCUAAGGCAGAAGACUACUCCAUGCUGCAGCCCUCAUGGCAAUUCCUAUAAUGGAAAUCUCAAAAUUGAAGGGCAGCCAGAUUUGUACAAUAAACAUGAUAGUGUUUGUGUGACGGUAUGUUCAUUGUGGCUCAUGAAAGUGCAUUGCUUGAAAUGGUGUUGAAAGAAAGGUUGUGUUAUUCAUGAAAAACAAUUUUAAAAAAGACCUCAAAUUGACUAGAAAAAUAACUAAUUGGUAAAUUACCACAUAGUGCCAGUGACAAAAGUUAAGACUUUUACUCAAAACCUUCCCCCAUCCUGUGUGGACCUGCAAAUUUAGGUAAUGAAAUCUAGACCAAAGCUUCAUUUACAAAAGGUGGGAGGUUUAAGCUCGUUGCGACUGGACAUAAGCAAGCGACAGGAAAUGCAAUACUGGACAAAUGGAACUUUUUUUUCAAAGUAUUAAGCAGUCCACCUUUUGUUGAGGUGGCUCAAGUGUGUGUGAUACUAGAACAGCUCUAGAAACACGUUAUUUACCCUUGUAAAGAAGACUUCCCCCUGACCCUCGUCUAGUUUUGAAUGUCUUUUGUUAUCUACAUUUUCUAUUAAAUUUAGUUGAUGUACAUAAAAUUCUUUACAUUUUUUGAACAUUUAUAUAUAUCUUAUAUCCAUAUCAAGAAUUCAAAACAUUUUUAAUAAAUGUCCCUCUUUCAACAGUUUAAAAAUAGAUACAAAUAUAUAAUGCAUUUAAAUAAAUUAACAAAAUAUUAAUAUAAAUUCAUAUAAUUUUGAUUCAUCAUAAAUGUAUUUUAUCAUUGCUGAAGUAAUAAAUCAGUCCAAUGAUGGCUGCAACCAGUGCUCAUUUAAUAGUUUUUUAAUUGGUGUACAAUAUGCAAAAAAUUGAUGUUAAUGAAAUUUGAAAUUAAUAUUCCAUCAUUGACAUUUCAAAUCCCUUCCUCUCCCCCCAUUGUAAAUGUGUGUAAUGUACAUAGAGGUGCCAUAUUAAUACAUCAAAGUUGACCCAUUUUACAUCCAAGCUGUGACUCCAGUUAUUUACAAUGUUAAGCACCAAUAAUGCCCAAAACCUGUUAUAAAGUCUUCAGUACUUUUACAUUUUUUAAAGCUUUAGAAAUUAGCUUUGACAGUUUCUAUACCUGAAGAAUGUUAUUUCUUAUUCAGAGUGAAUAUUGUUCAUCAUAUUUCCAUUCCAUGGUAAGUCUGUAAAAUGAAGUCUCAUAUAAUAACAAAAGCACAAGUUUAUAAAAAGUCAGGUUUGUGGUGUUUACAGUUUACUCAGAAAUUAUGGAAAACGUACACUUAAAAAUUGUAACCAGUAUUUCAGUGGCGUUUUCCCCCCUAUUAAAUUUGUGUAUUUCCUGUAUAUACUGUUACAAUCUUCCUAAGAUUAAUUUGUUGUAAGUAGAAACAUAUAUGCCUCAUUAUAAUACACCAUUAAAUAAUUAUGAUUCCUAAAAUAAAUGUGUAUACUGUA